AUGUCUAAGAGAGGUCGUGGCGGUGCCGCCGGCAACAAGCUGAAGAUGACCCUCGGUCUGCCUGUUGGCGCCGUGAUGAACUGCUGCGAUAACUCCGGUGCUCGCAACUUGUACAUCAUUGCCGUCGCCGGUACCGGUGCUCGUCUGAACCGUCUCCCCGCUGCCGGUGUUGGUGACAUGGUUAUGGCCACCGUCAAGAAGGGAAAGCCUGAGCUCCGUAAGAAGGUUAUGCCCGCCGUUGUCGUCCGCCAGAGCAAGCCCUGGCGCCGGGCUGACGGUAUCUACCUCUACUUCGAGGACAACGCUGGUGUUAUCGUCAACAACAAGGGUGAGAUGAAGGGUUCCGCCAUUACCGGUCCCGUCGGUAAGGAGGCUGCUGAGCUUUGGCCCCGUAUUGCCUCCAACGCCGGUGUUGUCAUGUAA